UCGAUGGUUGUUUCUUAUUGGAGUAUAAGGGUUUUUGUCUGAAGAAGGGUUUUGGUCUGAAGACGGCGGUGUAUUAGUCUUCUCUAGGGUUGUUCUAAGAGUGUUUUUGAGUCCUAAUUUAAGGUUUUAGUUAUUUAUUCAAAAUGCCGUCAGCUCAAAAGAACAAGUCUCAUAAAUCGAGCAAAUCAUCUCGUAAUAGCCUUCGUAAAAAGUCUGGAAUUGAUAUUAAAGGGAACAGAAUUGGGAAAUCAGAUCACCAUGUCGGAAAAGGGUCUAAAGCUGCUCGAUUUCAUCACACCAAGAUGGUUCGAUGUCAGAAAAGAGCUUCCCUAUUGGAAGAGAAACGGGCUUCCAUCGGUUCAGGAACUUCCCCUCUAGUUAUUGUUCUUUUUGGACUUACUGCAUCUGUAAAUGUUAGAGGACUCAAAGAACAACUCAUAAGAUUACUAUCUCCGGGAGACGCAAACAAAACUACUGUUGCUUCUCCACACUACAAAAUCAGAGCAACUGUCUUGGAAGCACCCCAUGGCGAUUUAUCAACUUGCAUGGAACUCGCAAAGGUUGCAGAUUUGAUUGCUUUUGUAGCGUCAGCCCGCUCGUCGUCCAAAGAAGUCGAUACUUGCUCUUAUAUUGAUUCAUUCGGAAGCCAAUGCCUAUCUGUCUUUAAAGCGCUUGGUUUGCCAAGCACCGCUGUUUUAAUUCGUGAUCUAUCUCUAGAUCUCAAGAAAAGAAAUGAUAUGAAGAAGACAUGCAUGUCCAGCCUCACAUCUGAGUUUCCCGAUUCUAAGUUCUAUCCAGCAGAUACAACAGAGGAGCUGCAUAAGUUCAUGUGGCUCCUUAAGGAGCACCGGCUCACUGUACCUAUUUGGCGAAGUCAACGCCCUUACCUUAUUGCUCACGAGGUUGAUUUGAUAGUCAAUGAUGGAAGUCCUGGACUCUUUACCCUUCUCCUCUCUGGGUAUUUGCGAGCACAUGACCUUUCAGUGAACCAAUUGGUUCAUGUGUCAGGUUCAGGUGACUUCCAGAUGUCAAAGAUAGAUGUUCUCCAGGAUCCCAAUCCUUUGAAAUCAGGGACAGGUCAGGAUUUGAUGGACUCAGAUGAGCACCAUGGUACACAGAUCAUUCACUCUUUAUUUCCUGAUCUGUCAAAGCAGCAGUCUUUAGUCAUCGAAAAUGAUCCUAAACCUGAUCCAGGGGAACAGACUUGGCCGACAGAGAUGGAAAUGACUAAAGCAGAUGAGUAUCAGAGACGAAGCAUGAUUAAUACCUAUAAGAACCAGGCUACUGAAUUUUUUGAGGGUAAAGAUAACCAAGACUCAGGGAGUGAUUGCUUCCACGUUGAAGACCAAGAGGAUUAUUCAGAUGAAGAUGUUGAUGCUGAUACUGUGAUGGAGGAGGAUGAGGACAUCACGAAGGAAAUGAUUCGAGAUAAGAUUCGGAAGAUACAUGAUGCACAGGCAGAAGAUGAAGAAUACCCAGAUGAAGUGGAUACCCCUUUAGAUGUUUUGGCUCGAGUGCGUUUUGGCAAGUACCAAGGUCUCAAAUCUUUUCGAACUUCUGUGUGGAAAGACAAGAAUCCUCCGCCUCGUGAAUAUGCUAGAAUCUUUUCAUUCCAUAACUACAAGGCAACACAGAAAUGUGUGCUUGAAAAUGCCAGGGACAUCGGGCAACGUACUUUGGAUGAGUGCAUUCCUGUUGGGUCUUACGCAAGGAUUCAUGUUAAGGACGUAUCAGUUAGUGUUGCUUUAAGACUCUGCUCUUUGGUGAAGUCAAAGCCUGUGGUUGCCAGCGGGCUUUUGGAGCACGAGUCCAAGAUGUCCGUUCUCCACUUUAGCAUAAAGAAACACAAGUCGUACCAAUUUCCUAUAAAAGGAAAGGAAUCUCUUAUUUUUCAUGUUGGAUUUAGGCAAUUUGUUGCUAGGCCGAUAUUUUCUUCAGAUAGCAUAAACUCGCAUCAGCACAAAAUGGAAAAGUUUUUGCACGAAGGACGGUUUUCAAUUGCUUCUGUAUAUGCACCAAUUUCUUUUCCUCCUUCACCCUUAAUAGCCUUAAAGAGGGGGCGGGAUGGAGAAGUUGGCUUCCCUGCUGUUGCUGCUAUAGGGUCACUAAAGAGUAUCGAUCCAGAGAGGAUUAUACUUAAGAAAAUCACAUUUACUGGUUACCCUCGAAGGGUGUCUAAGCUAAAAGCUACAGUGCGCUAUAUGUUUCACGAUCCCAUAGAUGUGUCAUAUUUUAAGCGCUGCGAAAUCUGGACAAAGAACGGUGUUCGUGGUAACAUUAAAGAAUCUGUUGGUACACAUGGAACGAUGAAGUGUACUUUCAAUCGCAGUAUUCAACAACACGACACUGUUUGCAUGAGUUUAUUUAAACGUGUAUACCCCAAGUGGCCUGAGCAAAGAUUUCCAAUUCUUCUCGAUGCUUGAGUGAGAUGAAGGUUUCCUGAUUCAUGGGCAAUGCCAACUAUCGUUUAACUUAUAAUACCAACUCUAACUCUAGGCUAGGGAUGUGUUUUAUUUUUAUCUUUUUGGGGAGAUUUGUGCUUAUUUGUGGGGCUUUUGUCGAUGCUUUUCUCCCACAUCUCUAGCUCUCUUAAGGCCUACCUGACGGACUUGUAUUUCUGCUUUUACCUAUAUUAGGAGAAAUGGUUUUUGCUUAUUCAGCUGGGAAACAAGAAAGGGAUGCCCUCUACUGCCAGCACUAAAUUAUGAUCACCAAUCUUGGCUUCCAAUUGAAUUUGGCUGUGGUUAGCUCUACUCUACAGAAUUACAGUCAUAUUAAAUGCAUAUAUUCAUGCAAGUCGUAUUAUGUAGCAUAGCUUCGUACUAUUUUUAUGAUGUAUGAUUUAUAUGAUUUAUAUUAAAUAGUCGCCUUGUCCCUCA